ACUCUCAAUACACUACUUAAACUCUUUUAAACAUGACUGAGACGCUUUGAUAAACACUCCUGGAAUGGUCUCAUACACGAACCACUGAAACGCUCUCACACAUACAACGGCAAUGCCGUCACAUACACCAUUUUUUAAACAUUCCCACAACCACUACUGAAAUUUUUUUUGCCCAUACACACGACUGAAUCCCUCUUGCACACACGACUAAUACACUAUCACAUUGACAAAUGAAACGCUCUCACAUUCUCAAUUGAAAUGCUCUCAAACACUACUGAAACGCUCACACAUACACUCACACACACGCACGUACACACACACAAACACACACUAAUGAAAAGCUCACACAUGCUACUGAAAUUUAUUUUGUUGACAUUCAGGAACGGGAAAUCGACAGGCGGAUCGGAACAGGAAGUAGAGCUGUAGGUGGCAGACAUGAAGCUGUUGAGGUUCUCUCUAGGAGUGACCGGGUUGGAUAGGAUUAGAAAUUAGCUCACCAGAGGGACAGCCAAGGUUCGAUGUUUUGGAGACAAAGUUAGAGACAGCAGACUUCGAUGGUUUGGACACAUCCAGAGGAGAGAGAGUGAGUAUAUUGGUAGAAGGAUGCCAGGCAAGAGAGCUCGAGGAAGACCAACGAGAACGUUGAUGGAUGUAGGGAUGACACGAGGGCAGUGUUUGAGAGGAGGAAAAGGAUGACACGCGACAUCCUAACGGGAUAAGCUGAAAGGAAAAAAAGAAGUCUUAGACCUCUCUGUCCUUUCGACUUUGCUUGCACCCCAUACACUACAUAGAUACACGUGUGUGUGUGUGCAUGUGUGUGUGUGUCUCUAUCUGUCUCUCCCUAUAACUGAAGGUUGACUUAGGCCUGCUCAGGCGUGACAUGGUGACAUGACACCGCUAAUGUCUCAUCUCCGUUUGGGCUAAAGUGCCUCCUCGUUAUGGUUGUUAUUUAUGUGGAAACAAGGUUUCCUUUUCCAUUGAUUCGCUGGCUCAGGGGAAAUCAGUUCAAUUUGACAGCGAUACUUUGCGACAGGGGGCAUGCACGAUGUAUAUUUAAGGCUAUAAAGGCUUGUGGCUUGUCUGUUGAGCGCUUACACUGUUGCAAUGACGCACUGUGGAAGGUGUCCACUAAAGAGGAUUUUAACAAAACAAUUUGCAGCCAUUUUUAUAGCAUUUGUUUUUAAGACUUUUUAGAAAAACAUGUUUCAGGUUUGGAGUAAGCCCUGUAGGUCGUGGUGGAGGACAGAGCUGGUGGUCUGGAGCAUCCUGUGGGUGGUUAUGUUGUUUCCCCACAAAUCACAUGAAGAUCAGAAGCGACUUUGUGACAUCAUCCCAGGUUCUAUGAACCUGCCAGUGCUGGAAAAAAAGGGAGACAUAGUCUUGGGGGGGCUUUUCUCUCUUCACGAUAUGGUGGUGGAGCCCAGUCUGACGUUCAGCUCCAAGCCCACACCCACUCAAUGCACCAGAUUUAACUUCCGGACAUUCCGCUGGAUGCAGACCAUGAUCUUUGCUAUUGAGGAGAUCAACAAGGAGGGCAAACUGCUUCCCAAUGUCACUCUGGGAUAUAAGAUCUAUGACUCGUGCAGUACCGCCCACCAGGCUCUCAAGGCCGCCAUGGAGCUGAUGGACAGCGAGAACGCUUCCAUGGCCGAAGGGGGGCUGCAGGGUCAUAGCAUCUGCAGGGGGGCUGUACCUGCCGUGAUAGGGGAUGGAGGCUCCACCCAGUCUCUGGUCGUGGCCCGCUUCUUAGGGGUCCUCCACGUGCCGCAGGUGAGUUACUUUUCUAGCUGUGCUUGUCUGAGUGACAAAAAGGAGUUUCCUGCUUUCCUAAGGACCAUGCCCAGUGACUUCUUCCAGGUGGAUGCACUUGUACAACUGGUCAAACAUUUUGGCUGGACGUGGGUGGGUGUGAUUGCAGGGGAUGAUGCAUAUGGCCGUGGAGGUGCAAACAUCUUUGCUGAUGAGGUUAGAAAAUUAGGCGCAUGUGUGGCCCUCCAUGAAAUCAUUCCCAAACACCGAACACAGAAGGCAAUUUCAUCCAUCAUUUCCCAAAUCCGCUCCCUGGGGGCACGUGUGGUCCUGGUGUUUGCCUUGGAACAGGACGCAGCGGCGCUCUUCGAUGAAGCUCUCAGGGAGGGUCUCAACGGGAUACAGUGGCUGGCCAGUGAGGCUUGGAGCACAGCGGCUGUUCUGUCCACUCCCGAAAAGUACCAGGCCAUCCUGCAGGGCUCCAUGGGCUUCGCCAUCCGUCGAGUGGACAUCCCUGGACUGCGUGACUUCCUGCUCCGCCUGCAUCCAUCUAACCCCGAUGCUAGUGAAGACCCUUUUCUGAUUCCAUUUUGGGAAGACGUUUUCCAAUGCAGCCUGGGUGAGGGAAGUGACAACCCACCAUGCACCGGAGCAGAAGAUCUGAGGAGUGUGGCAAAUAUCUACUCGGACGUGUCCCAGCUGAGGAUAUCCUACAAUGUGUAUAAAGCAGUGUAUGCUAUAGUGUAUGCACUGAGGAGCAUGGGAGACUGUGAGGAUGGGAAAGGCCCUUUUGCUCUUCAGGCAUGUCCAGAUGCACAUAGCAUACAGCCAUGGCAGCUGCUUCACUACAUAAAACAGGUGGAGUACUUCAAUUCCUUUGGAGAUGAUAUCACAUUUGACGGGAAUGGUGACCCGGCGGCCAUGUACGACCUGGUCAACUGGCAGCUGAGACCUAGCGGAGGGCUCCAGUUCGUCACCAUCGGAAAGUUUGAUGAGACGGUUGCAAACAGACAGCAGACGCUCCGAAUCCAAAGCGAGGAUAUCGUGUGGAACGGCAACCAGACGCAAGUUCCGCUCUCAGUAUGUAGCAACAUUUGUCCUCCGGGCACCCGCAAGGCGAUCCGACCUAACUUCCCUAUCUGCUGCCAUGAUUGCAUGGUGUGUGCAGCAGGGGAGAUUAGCAAUCAGACUGACGCCAUAGAGUGUGUGCGCUGCCUUCCCGAGUUCUGGUCCAACAGCGAGAGGACUGCCUGCAUCCCUAAACAGCUGGAGUUCCUCUCAUUCAGCGACACCAUGGGCAUAACGCUGAUGGUGAUAGCUCUCAUUGGCUCCUUCUGCACCUGCGUUGUGGUCUUAGUCUUCUCCUACCAUAGGACCACCCCCGUGGUCAGGGCCAACAAUUCGGGGCUGAGCUUCCUGCUGCUCUUCUCUUUAACCUUGUGCUUCCUGUGCUCGCUCACCUUCAUCGGCCGGCCCUCCCGGUGGUUGUGCAUGCUGCGCCGCACGGCCUUCGGCAUCACUUUUGUGCUCUGUAUCUCAUGUAUCCUGGGGAAGACGAUAGUGGUGCUGAUGGCUUUCAAGGCCUCACUUCCCGGCAGUCAGGUCAUGAGGUGGUUUGGGCCUGCACAGCAAAAAGCCAUCAUUAGUCUUUGCACUCUGGUUCAGGUGCUUAUCUGCACCGUGUGGCUCACCGUGGCCCCCCCAACCCCUCUCCAGCUGAUUCCCCGUGAGAGCGCCAUUGUCAUUCUUCUGUGCGACGAGGGAUCGCCGGUGGCCUUCGGUUUGGUCCUGGGCUACAUCGGCCUGCUGGCUUGCCUCUGCCUCCUGCUGGCCUUCCUGGCCCGGAAGCUUCCAGACAAUUUUAAUGAGGCACGUCUCAUCACCUUCAGCAUGCUCAUCUUCUGCGCCGUGUGGGUGGCCUUCGUUCCCGCGUACAUCAGCUCCCCAGGAAAGUACUCCACAGUCACUGAGGUGUUUGCCAUUCUCGCUUCCAGCUAUGGCCUGCUGGGCUGCAUCUUUGCACCAAAGUGCUACUUAAUUCUCUUUCGGCCCGAGAAGAACACCAGGAAACACAUCAUGCCCAGAAUGGACAAGUUUUAGGAAAUAUUUUCCUCAUGUUAUAACAGUAGUCGACAGCCAGCAUGGCCUUCUGUGCAGGCCUAAUCACUGCCAGAAACACUCACCAACUUUUAUAGCUUAAGUUCUAAUGUUUGGUCCUUAAAAUUCUAUUAAUUUAUUCUUAACAGUCUAUUGUCUUCAUGUCAAUGCCUCUGUAUAUGUUAGAUUUUAUAUUUUAAUUUUUUUCCACUUAGAUUUCAGACUGCCCAGGGCCGUCAAAAUCAGUAGUGCUGGCCAAUGUAACUUUAACUAUAUUAGUAUGGGACUGUUUCUUUAAACAAUAAGAUUUCAAAAAUAUCUUCACGGGGCCAGAGCACUGGCCCUCGGUGAUGUCUGCAUUUUCCCAUCCUCUGAUUGGUCGGUCAGAGCAAAACCUAUUACAGCCAAGUUUGACUAGCUAAAGACAUCUGUCGUGAUCUGCCUGCCUAAAUACAUUUAAGUAUCAAAAUCAGCAUCUCUGGUGCGUAUGAUGUAUUUUAUUUACACUUUUUAUGCUUUUGGUGGUGUUAUUAGACAAACAUUGAUGUUGUAUUUCUCCAGAUUAUGUACCUUGCAUAGUUGGGUGCUGAUAUUGAUAUUGUUUUUCCGGUAUGGAUGGUUUCUCUAAUUGCGAUGUGAUAUUGGUGGUAUUAAGUGAUGGAUAAAAAUGGCUAACUCCCCACUGAAGGCCCAGGUACCAAAUGCACGACACUGCUUAGCACAUUUAUUAAACCACCUGUCAAAAACAGACCAUGAAAUGCUUUAAUGCAAACUAUUUCAAUUUCCGACAGCGCUCAACAUUUGACCAUUGUUAACAUAAAACAAUGUUUUUCUGUUCAGGAGUACAACUAAAUUAUAUUAUAAUUUGACAUCUUAAUCAAGAAAUAAAAGUGUGCCUCCAUUUCAAAAGUUCAAGGAUGAAUUUUAGCAUGCAAAUGUCAUUAUGGUUAAAGAGGUUUUACAUACUGAUGUAUUAACCAUUAUAGAAAUCUUAAAAAACAUAUCUUGAUAGGUUUGUUAGGUGUAGCUGUGGCAUCACACCCUUCCAUUGGGUGCUUAUAAUAUUUUUUGUUAAGCAUUGUAUGUUACAAGACAUGACACAAUUGUAUUAGAAUAUGCCGUUUAAGCCUUUAUUAGUCUCACAGUGGGAAAACUCUGUAAUAAGAGGAUUUUGUUUCUCAGUGGUCCUUGAGCAGUAAAAAAAACAUCUUUUGCUUUUGUACCACGAGGUGGCAGCACCACGUAGUGUUACACUGCCUUCAUUCACGUAAACACGUUUUAAAAAAUAUUGUUUAAAAAAACAGUUAUAGUUAAAGCAUAUUUUUAAACAAUGUUCAAACAGUUCUUAUAAAAGCUAGUUCAAAAAUAAGUUUUUAUUUUGACUAAAGAUUUUUUAAUUUCGCUUUAUUUUUGUUUCAUCUGUAUGCUCAACGUCAGUUAUUGGCAUAACACCAUAUAUAUAACAUAUGUACAAGAAUUGAAGAGCUCUAUAAAAAACAAACCGCAGAAUAAAAAUGAUAUAAACUAAAAGGCAUAUUUAGAUUUACAAUAAUAAGUUGGAGCAGAAUUAUUGCAGGCAGAAUAAAAAAUAAUAUUUUUCAGACACGGCAUAUAAUGUGCAGCCUUGUGUUUGACUACAGUGUAUCUUAAAAUUUUACAUUGGUUAUGAAUUAAUGAAAAUAUGCACAGUAUAAAAUUUCUCUGCCUUAUUGCUGCAGAAAGAUGUACCCAAUAUAUUGUUAGGUCAGCUUUUAAGAAAACAAAUUCAUAGUCAUGUUUGUGUUGCCUAUAAACAAAACAAAACAAAAAAGCAAUCUUGGGUCAUGUGACUUGCCAUAGCUGCUUUAGACUGAUAUUGAUUAUCCAGAAGGAAGUGAUCAGUCAUGUUCCUGUGGCUCGUUAGGUGGUCGAGGGCUCCCUAAAAGAAAGGUUGCGACUCGAUUGGCACUUUAACCAAGUUUUCAGUCUUUUUCUAAUUUCACCCUUCUUAUAUUGCAUUUGUUUACAAUACAAUACAAGAUGCUGAAUUUCUCAAAGUUCCAAGAAAAAAAAAAGAAAUAAUCAAACUGACAAAACUGACUUUGAAGGGUACUGUUUCCUAUUUAAGCGCACACUCUCGUUUGACUUGUACAGUUAGUUUAAUCUAAUUGUGUUUCUGAUUAAAACAAAGAAAUCGUCUCACUGUUACUUUGUUUUCAUAAACCAAUAGCCUACACGUUGUGAAUUUGUCGUUUAAAUUUAAACUUACAUUUUCUUCAGGUUUCAAAUGAAAAAGAAGUCAUAAAAAUUGAAGACCGAUGCUUUUUAUUGGAAAGCAACAAUAUCAACGUUGCUUUAGUUCUGUAUGCUUAAUGUGCAAGAA